AUGAGUUUUUCACAACGAAUCCAGGAGAUAAGACACAACAGAUCUUUGCGAUUCAUUGGAUCCCAGUGGUUUUUUAUCGUUUUGGGAGUGUUGGUGACAUUAGCAUAUUUCUUUCCAUCAUUCGGUCGAAAUGGCGGUACGAUACAUGCAGAAUAUACAAUUGGGUAUGGUGCUGUAGCACUUAUCUUUUUACAAACAGGGCUAUCCAUGUCUUCAAAGAAGUUGUUGGUAAAUAUAUUUAACUGGAGAGCACAUUUCGUUGUUUUGCUUAUCAGUUUCCUAGUCACAAGUGCGAUUAUGUAUGGAAUCUGCUGUGGGCUCUUACAAUGGGGCAAAAUUGAUGAAUGGGUUAUCGUUGGAUUGGUGCUUGUGUCUGCAUGCCCGACCACAAUUGCAUCUAAUGUGAUGAUGACGAAAGAUGCCGGUGGAAACGAGUCGUUAUCUGUAUGUGAGGUUUUUAUUGAAAAUGUACUUGGCACUUUUUUGACGCCGGCCAUUGUGCAGCUAUACACUUCUUCAGGACAGCUUAAAUUCGGAAAUCCUGCAAGUGACUCGUCUUUGAGUAUAUUAUACCGCAGUGUCAUGAAGCAGCUCGGCAUAUCAUUAUUUAUUCCACUUGCUGCUGGCCAGCUUCUUCAAAAUAUGUUCCCCACGCAAGUGUCGUGGGCUUUAAAGAACUUAAACAUGGGUACGAUUUCCUCCUUUUGUUUAUUAUUAAUCAUGUGGUCAUCCUUUUCGACAGCAUUUCAUCAAAAAGCUUUUGAAUCUGUAUCACAUCUUAGCAUCAUAUUUCUUGUCUUUUUUGUUAUUGGGAUAUUUCUCUUGUUUACAUUGAUUAGCUAUUUCAUGGCGAGACCACCUCUACUAGACCUAUUAUUUAGGAAAGAAUUAAGUGAACAGUCUAGCAAGGUGUACCAAAUAUCAUAUCAUAUAUUUAAGCCAUUUUAUUACAGCAAAAGGGAUACUAUUGCAGUGAUGUUCUGUGGGGCGUCUAAGACUGGAGCAUUAGGUGUCUCGUUGAUUACCGCACAGUAUGGUAACAAUUUUCGGAACUUGGGGAAACUUUUAGUUCCAUUGACUUUAUAUCAAACUGAACAGAUCGUGAUUUCCAGCCUUCUAGUACCUUUAUUCAGGAGGUGGUGUUCUGAUGAGAAUGAGAGAAUGGUUAAGGAGAAUACUGGCGAAUUGGACAUAGAGAGUUCUAUUAAGCUGGAAGGUCAGUCUUCCAAAGAAAAGAAGCUUAAUAGCAACAUGAUCUAA